AGCAUCUUCUUAGACAUCUUCAGCCACGGUAGCUCCUCCUGCAAGUAGCGCUUAUCACCCGUGUGCACUACUACAACCGGCAGCACGGUACCACACCAAGUGUAUCAGUCCUCUCUUGUAUUCAGCACAGCGACUACGGCUCCUGUACAAAAUACAACUGUGAAGAAGAUGUUUUUAAUAAAGCUUGCCUGGGUCUUCAAAAUUUUGCACCUGGUCGUUCACUGCUCCCUUCGCGCCGCUUCAACUGUUGACCACGAUGCAAAAGAACUUUUCUCGCACCACAGCCUCCUCCGGAAAGCCUUCGUGGACCGGCUGUACGGUGGGCGAGAUCUGCUCGCGGAAAAGGAGCUUCCGCAGCAUUUGCUCGACGAAAAAACACCAAAUCUCGAAGUAUCCUGUGCAAAGGUAUCUUGCUCGUAGUAAUCGCAGUCACGCAUUAAGAAUCUCUAUCGCAAGGCAAAAAAGCACGACAAAUUCCAUUUGUCAUGCUGAGCUAAUUUGUAUUGCAAUAUACUACUAGUACGAUACUUUUGCAGUUCAUACGAAGACGCGGUGGACGACCGGUUUUCCGAUGGCACCUGGCGGACCCACCUCGAGAAGGCUGAUUAUCCCACGAAAAAAGUGUUACAGUUACACAUUUGUAGGCAAUUCAGCAACACAAAUGUCCCUGCAUGAGAGAGAAAACCUGUAAUGCAGAAAUCCUAGGGGAAACAUCUAUGAAGCGAGGCUCUUAUGCAUAUCCGGCAUGACAGAGCUUGUCUGUCUUGCUUGGCCUGCAAGACAGUGUGUAAGAACCAAUCCACGCGGCGUGCGCCGCGUGGGAAAAAAUAAAACAACUCUUCAGCGUCUGUGGCAAAUUCUGUCUGUCCUGAAAAAUUUUCGCGCUCGACUUUGUCGCCUCUAUUAGAGUGGCCGCGUUUGGCUUCUCUCGAAGUGGCCAAAUUCGAAGGAAGACAGAGGCGGCCAGGCAGCUUUUGGCUUCGUCUCUGAGGCCCAGCCUAGCAAACAAGCAACGAGGUCGCUUCUCGCUUUACAAAAGUGGCCAGCUUUGGCAGUUUUUUUUUUCAGAAGCCCGGCCAGAUCAGGAAGAAACCAGGAAAGAGCUCGCCUGCUGUUCGCUACCUCGCCCGGCCUCGCUUUUUGCUUUUACAAAAGCGGGCAGCUUUGGUAGGCGCUUGUCAAAGUGCUAGGCGCUUGAGCGACCAGAACCGCGACAGCAGUGCGCGAAGCGUCUAAACGCGAAGGAGGCCCAGUCGGGCUCUUUCCACACGGCGAAAAUCUCGCGAGCAAGCGAAACGGCGAUAGCAGUGCGCGAAGCAGCUAAUAAGCAGUGAUUUCCAUCCGGGCUUGUUCCACAGCGUGAAAAGGGCCUGACUGGCAAAUCGUCGGCGCCUUCGUGACACAUUUUUUUCAAUGGGUAGAAAACGCUAAGCAGACCUUCAGAAGAAACCUUCUGAAGAAACCUUCAGAAGAAUUGACAUUUCUUCUGAAGAAAGCUUCAGAAGCUUUUUAGCUUUCAACCUUCAGAAGACCUUCUUGAAGGUUUUUCGACCUUCAGAAGGUCAAAAAAGGUUGGCCCUUUUUUUUUGCAUUUUUCGGCAAAAAAUGACGUUUUUCAUUUUUAACCUUCAGAAGGUUUUGAAAAAUCAACCUUCAGAAGGUCAAAACCUUCAGGAAGGUUCAAAAUCAACGUGAGCCAAACCUUCAGAAGAUUUUUUUGAUGAAAAACCUUCUGAAGGUCAAAAUCAGACCUUCUGAAGGUAGUUACCUUCUGAAGGUUCACAAAAAAAAAUAAAUUUUCGCGGCGCAGGAUCUGACUUCCUUUCCACUUUGGCCGUUUUUUGAACUGCUCUUUUUAGAACCUUCAGAAGGUUCGUCGACUCUUCUGAAGAGUCUUCUGAAGAAUUUUCUUCUGAAGGUAGUUUUGAUUUUUUCCCUUAUAGUCCUUCAAUUACUGUAAGUAACACUUUUUUCGUACGAUACUGACGUCGACUUGGUCACCCGCGGCUUGAACCGGCCGGUGAAGUUUUGGCUGGAGCUGGGCUCCUUCCGCGGACAGAGUUGCAUCCGGGCGGCAAGAAUCUUGAAGAACGCAAAUAUUUACUAUCAUGCCAGACGACGAAAGCUGCAGAACGGUCAGGAGGUGGAGCAAGAAUCGAGGAAAAAUACAGCUGCCUCCUCCCCAGACGACGACUUCUUCGUUCUCUGCGUCGACAGUUUCGUGUUCGGGUCCAGCUUCGUAUCGACCUUAGUAGAGGAUUUGAAACGAACACGGAAGAGAAAGGAAAAGGAAAACAAAGUAGAAAGUAAAGGUACUAGUAUUACCGGCAGCACGGCGGUAGCGCAAAGCGGUACUAGUAGCGCGCCGAAACGCAGUACAACGUCAACGUCCGUGCUGGACCAAAUGCUCUACAAGGAUGGCAGCUCAAAGCUCCUCGACUAUCAAAUACAAAUAUGUGGUCUGGGGUCUGGAAGAUUGCAGGAGUUUGUCAUGCAUCUUCUGGAUCACGCAACUGGUCUCUAAUGCACGCAAAAGCACUACAGGUUUUGCGCAGGCCUCCUGAUGUCUAUCCCGCAUGAGAAAUUCUCUAUUUGCGUAGCAAGAAAUGGAAAGCUUAUGGUGCUUAUGCAAUACAAAUUUUUGCCUAUUCCAGCAAUCGCAUGACAGGUUCCAAUUCUUCCAGACCCAGACGUAUUUGCAAUGCAUAUCGACCAGUUCAUCGCCAAUGUCCGCCACGCCGGGCUAGAGCAGGUCAUUGCAGUCUGGCCACAAACAACGCUCUCGGCGUUGCGACUGCUAUUGACGAAAGUGCAGCCGCCGGCCAGCUUGCCACUGUAUGACGACGACAGCGAAGAGGAUAAUCAUGAGAUUAGGUACGACCAAGAACAACAACUACACGAGCACGAAGAGUUUGAGGAGAAGGAGUUUAAAGGGGGGACUAGCAGACCUAGCGAGCAGCAGGAUCGUGAAAAGAACCCAUCUACAGCUGCAGCUCUCUCCUCAGCACCCCUACAGAAAAGCAAAAGCCGGUCGUUCAGGAAUAGCGACAAGGAGCCGCUGUUGCCCAUCCAACCCGACGUGAUCUAUCUCGACGCGAGCCAUUUGAGGGAUGAAACCUUGAUGGAAGUGGAACACGCGUGGGCGGCGCUGGCCCCCGGCGGCAUUCUCUUCGGCGACGACUGGGCGCUGGAGGAGGUGGCAGUAGACGUCUUGAAGUUUGUGGACCGACUACUGCUCUGCAUGCACAAACGAGAUGAACUACCGAGGUGGACCUCAGCUGGCGACCAGACCAAUGCCAACGCGACCAUCGCCGCCCGAACCGCUUCUGGUACGUCGAGCGUAUGCGCUGCAAAUACGUCUGGGUCAAGAAACAUGAAAACUUCUGAUGCACAUUUCACACCAGACAAAAAUCUGUCAUGCGUGGACCGCAAAAGUUGCUAGGCUCAUUUCGUGUCACUCAGACGGCAUAAUUUCUCAUGCGGAUUAGCCAUGGAGAAAACUGCUCAAAUAAACCUGUGAUGCUAGGACUUGCAUGCCAGAGCUUCUGCGUCAUGCACAAGCAGCAUCACACCCUUCCAGACCCUAAAGUGUUUGCACUUGAUAAGGCGUGAGCUGUGCUAAUUUCCGCGAGUCAUCUUCCCUCGACGUCAACUGUUUGCACUGCAAAAGUAUCGUACUAGUACAAAUCGCAAUACAACAUUGGCUCAGCAUUACAAAUUAAGUAAAUUUGUAAUGUGGAUUUACCUAACCAACUAGAUUUGUAAUGCAUAACUGCGAUAUACUGCGAGUGCGAUACUUUUGCACAGCAUAAACUGGUUUCCCCACCAAUUUUACGAGCACCGGGUGGGCAUGCUGCGGCUAUCAAAUGUAAAAAUGUCUGGGUCUGGAAGAGUGCAACUUGUCAUGCUAAAUCUGAAGCAUGCAAAAAUCUGUGUUGCAUGAUUACCACAAGUCGUCCAGUUUUGACCCAAUCGGGAGGGAGUUUCUCAUGCAGGAUAGGCAUGGGAGAGAUCGCACAGAAUCUGUCAUGCUAUGUCCUGCAUUCCAGACCGCAUGGGUCUUGGAAAAGCUGCAUGACAAAUCGCGCACUCUUCCAGAGAGACCCAGACACUUUUACAUUUGAUAGCGCCCGGGGUUGUACGUUUCCAGAGAUACUUUCCAGUGGUUUUUGCGGAAACACGACCCGAGCGAAACACAGGGCAGGAGAUAUCAAAGUGAAAAAUCCGCCCUCCCCAUAUUGAAACGGAAGCUUCUGUUGCUGGAUUUGCGUACACAAAUCAGCUCUGUCUUGCAGUGAGGCCCUGCAGGCAAGGCCAACGCCUGUUGUACAGGGGUGUUUUGGUGUAGGUACUUAGCAUAGCAGAGGCCUGCCAUGUUGUAGCCGUAACAGCAUUACAAAUCGCCUGCAUAAGUCGGCGGAUUCUUUGGAUCUGCCUCCUUGCAAGAACGACAGGCUCUGUGGUCACAAAUCACCAUCACAAAUCUUUAGAAGGAGCAUACCUUUUCAGUAGGGGGAGGGUUUUUUUUUUCUCACAAUACAUGACUGCAAAACCGCUUCGAGUUGGUCUUCCACCAGGCACCUACAGUUACUGAAGCGACGUCUGAGCAAGUGGAUUUGAAGAAGGUAAAAUGGCUGGACCAUGACUCCAUGUUUGUCAGGGGGACGGAGGAAAUCGUAGCGCUUGCGGCCGCACAUCUGGAGGGAGAGGCGGAAACACAUCAGGGAUUAGCAGCUACUGCACGUACGGCCGGUGGUCCAGCGUCUGUGUGGUCACCUCGAGAACCGCAGCGGCAUCAUGCCUACCUGCAACCCUUGCGCCCGCACAUCUAUCAAAAUGAAAAAGCCCCGCUCCCCUUAGGAACUCAAAGGAAGAUUUGUGUAGCGUGAUUUGUGAUAGCAAGUCACGCUGUUAUGCUAGAAGGGAAGAGAUGCGGACUGUAGUGCUGGCUGGCGUAGGAAAGCCUUACGUCUUCAGCAUGACAGGAAGCAGCUGGAAACGGGAAACACCAUCACAAAUUACCUGUAAACGAGGAAGCAACUGCGUCUCUUGGCCUUCUAGCAAUACAAGUCGACUUGUGUAGUCAAAUACAGCAACACAAAUUGCUUUUUCGAUAUGGGGAGGGGGAAUCUUUCCUCACAAUAACAUCCUGGGCAUGUUUUUGGAAUCAGAUCUUCUCCUCGAAGACCCGAUCCUGACGCCACCGGACGGGCAGACGACUUCUCUGCCAACGAGCUUCUCGUUUCUAGACCUGCAGAUGACCACUUGUUUCCUGGGUUUCAGCGCCGUGAAAGUGAAGCAGUGGCAGUACGACUGUUGCCAGGACUGGUCGGAAGAAAACUCCGGCUGCUGGGACCUGGUGUACAACCCGAACCACUGCUGUGUGCUAUUUGCAGACGGCCCGGAUUUCUACAGCACUGCAGGGAUAAGAAGUUCUCGCACAACAACUAGACCCCAGCCCGGGCAGCAGCUACUGCGCGACACAGCGCCGGCGUCUAGAAUGAUAACCAGAGUCAGGCUAACGGCAGAUCACAUUCGGUGAGCUAUAACUUGCUGAGAAGAUGAUGCGGCUCUUAAUCAUUCCGAUCGAGAACAUAGAUUCAGUGAUAAUUCAUUUGUGGGCGGAAGAUAUGAUCUGUCUUCAGAAUGCAGCAGGUGCAGCACAAGUACUAGGCUUGUAAUACAAGAAAAACAGCGCAUAUUAUCAAAUUUCGUUGGUUGCUGGGCCCGACAUGCGGCCGGGCAGCUCUGUCAACGCCAGCUUCCUGUCAUGCAGCUGCCAUGGGAUGGUGAAGUGAUGUCGAUGGCACCUUCUAGUACCGAAAAGACUUCCGUCUUUGUGUGCAUCUUGAUAGCAGGCCGCGCAAAAAGUACGGAUGGCGAAACACUGAUGUGCGCUUUUUAAUAUUGGUGUAGGGCUUAGUGUCAGUUCACCUACGUUACCGCACCGACUAGUAGUGUGAGAGGAACAUGAUCCUGAUCCGCUGUUUUAGUAUUUCUCCUGCAGCCAUGUUGGCAUCAAUGUGAUCAGG